AUGUCUUCAAGUGUAGAUGGUAAACAAACAAUGAGCGACGACCUUCACAAACCAUUCGUACCUGCUUCGGCCGGCAGUUCAUCUGGACAACACAAUGGAUACAAUGUUUCUCGCAGUACGCCAGGUCGUACCGAUAAUCCCAUGGUCAACGUUGAACCGCCAAGAAGAGAAGAUCUCCAACCAUCAUAUGCCCAAGUUUUGCAAGGUGACGACGAUACAAACACAAAUGGAUGGUAUGGAAGCAUGAUCAAUACUCUUGGCUCAUGCAUUGGUACCUGUGGUGCUAUUCCAUGUUGUUUCGUCUGCCCAAACCCAUAUAAGCCAGUUUCGCAGGGUAAUGUCGGUCUCGUUACCAAGUUCGGUCGCUUUUAUCGUGCAGUCGACCCUGGUCUUGUCAAGAUCAAUCCCCUCAGCGAGCGUCUUAUUCAGGUUGAUGUCAAGAUUCAGAUUGUUGAGGUUCCCCAACAAGUUUGCAUGACCAAAGAUAACGUUACUUUACAUUUGACCUCGGUCAUCUACUAUCACAUCACCUCACCUCACAAGGCCGCCUUCGGUAUUUCCAAUGUGCGCCAAGCACUCGUCGAGCGUACACAAACCACUCUUCGUCACGUUGUUGGUGCUCGUGUUUUACAAGAUGUCAUCGAACGUCGUGAGGAAAUUGCUCAAUCGAUCGAGGAAAUAAUUGAAGAUGUCGCAUCAGGUUGGGGUGUGCAGGUUGAGAGCAUGCUCAUCAAGGACAUGAUCUUCAGCAACGAACUUCAAGACUCUCUCUCCAUGGCCGCACAAUCCAAGCGUAUCGGAGAAUCUAAAGUCAUUGCUGCUCGUGCUGAGGUUGAGUCCGCUAAGCUCAUGCGCCAAGCCGCCGAUAUUCUAUCCAGCGCCCCUGCCAUGCAAAUCAGAUAUCUCGAGGCAAUGCAAGCCAUGGCUAAAUCUGCCAACAGCAAGGUUAUUUUCUUACCAGGUGCUUCGACUAUUGGAAGUCAAAUGGCAAAUGCUUUGGGGGAAGGUUCAGCUCAUGGUGGCGCUUCUAGUAGCAGAAAUGAUAUUGGUGAUUUUGGAGGUCAGGAUCCCGGUUUUCAAAGCGCUUUAAAUGCCCAUGUCAUUGAAAAUAUCUAA